AUGCAGACGUUGAGCAACGCCCUUCUGCACAAUAACAACAACCCUCCGCCACCGCCAGCUAGAAACCACGAUGUUUGCCGGCAAGUCUCGAGUCACCGACCUCCCGUGUUCACCGGGGAAGAAGACCCUGUUCUGUUAGAAGAGUGGAUCCGUGCCUUGGACAAAAUCUUCGCAGUGGUUGGUUGUCCUGAAGACCGUCAUGUGGAGUUAGCGACGCUCUACUUCAGCCACGAGGCGGACCUAUGGUGGGUCCUUGAGGGUCUAGCAUGUCUUGAGGAACCGACGUUUUAUUGGUCAGCUUUGAAGGACAAGCUCCAACAGAGUUUCGCGCGCGUGUUGGUUCCCGCCGAGGUUGCCGAGGUGGACAAGUUUGUAGCGGGGCUGAACUAUGAGGCAAGGAAGGCCUUGACGGUGAGCAAACCAAGGACUUUCAAUGAGGCUUAUUUGAGUGCCGCGGAUUUGUAUCGAGUUCAGCAGUUGCAAAGAGGGGAAAGAGGGUCUUUUGACUCGGUCAGGAGAAGGGGUGAAGUUAGCGGCCAACAGAGCUUCAAGAGACCGAGACAGAGCUUUAGGAGUGGACCAUCCUCCCUACUGACUCAAGGAUCGACCAAAGUGGACAACGGCGAGAAGGGAAAGCCUUUCGAAUGCCGGAGAUGUGGUAGGCACAUCGGGAAGGACUGCCAAGGAAAUCCGUUGCUUUGCUACAAGUGUGAGAAGAGAGGUCACAAAGCCUUCGAGUGCCACCUCUAG